AUGAUUGAGCAGUUGUGUGCUUCAAGGCAGGCAUAUGACCACUAUAAGAUCUGCUUGAAAACUGUUGCCACCAGUCAGCAGGUAUCUCUGUUUAAUUUACUAGAAAAUGUAGAACAAAAUUCACGAAAAUAUUUUAUGAAAAAUAUCGGCACUUAUUUGAGCAUUUUCCGCAAAUUUUCCCCCAAAAUUCAAAAUUCUUCUGUUAUAUUGGUUUCGAAGAUCCAUUCCUCAGGGAACCUCAUGCACUUCGGAAUUCAUGUACGCGACUCUUGUGGUGACGAUGCUUUGACUUAUUCCUUUGCUGCAAUGAAUGAUUACGCAAGGAUGAUUGAUGGAAAAUGCAGGGUAAAUAUCGCGGUUGAUCAUAUUGCACGAAAUAAUCGAUAUUGA